AUGUUUGUGCAAAGUUCGGUGUUCCUCAGCACUAUUACUCCUUUCAUUCAAUCAUUUUCAGAAGCUCGAGGUGCAGCAUCAUCAGUAUUUCGACUUAUUAAUGAGGGAAAUGACGUAAAUAUCAAUGAAAACGAUAUAUGGAACGAGAAUACAGAAUCGAUGUAUAAUAUCACUGGUGAUAUUGAAUUUGAUAAUGUAAAUUUUAUGUAUCCAUCUCGAAAAGAUGUACCAGUUCUGCAUAAUCUCUCUCUCAUUGCUCGUGCUGGUCAAACGACUGCUCUUGUUGGUUCAAGUGGCUGUGGAAAAAGUACAUGUAUAUCAAUGUUUCUUCGUUACUAUGAACCUUCAUCGGGUCGAAUUACAAUCGAUGGUCGACCAAUAACAGACUACAAUAUCAAACAACUUCGGCAAAAUAUUGGAGUUGUUAGUCAAGAACCUAUUCUGUUCGGUAUGAGCAUUUAUGAAAACAUUCGUUUUGGUAAAGUAAAUGCAACACGAGCAGAAAUUGAACAAGCAGCACGAGAAGCAAAUGCACAUCAUUUCAUCAUGCAACUACCAAAUAAAUAUGAAACACUUGUUGGCGAACGUGGCAUGCAGUUAAGCGGUGGUGAAAAACAACGUAUUGCAUUAGCUCGUGCUCUUGUCAAACAGCCUACCUUCCUUUUACUUGAUGAAGCAACAAGUGCACUUGAUAAUGUUAGCGAAAAAAUUGUUCAAGAAGCACUCGAUCGAGCAUGCAAAGAUCGUACAACUAUUGUUAUAGCUCAUCGUUUGACUACAAUUCAAAAUGCUCAUCAAAUAUAUGUAUUAGAUAAUGGAAAUGUGAUUGAACAAGGUACACAUGAAACAUUGAUGGCAAUAGAAGGAGGCAAAUAUCAAGCAAUGGUCAAACGUCAACAAAUGGAAAGAAUAGAUGAUGAUAAAGAUGAUAUAAUGGGCAUACAAAAAACAACAGAAGAAGAAGAAAAGUCGAUAUUGGAGCGCUCUGCUUCGCUUAGCGAUAGUCAAACUGUUGAUGUGAACGAAGCAUUCAAAUAUUGUUCAACAUCUGAACGACGUCGUCAAGUGUUGAUUACUAGCUUUCUCUUUUUACUUUUGGGUGUUCUUUUAUGUAUUAUUCGGAUCUUUCAGUAUACAGCUUUUGCCAUAUCAGGAUCGAAGUUGACACAACGUAUUCGUUCGAAAGCUUUCGCAUGUCUACUUCGCCAAGAAGUUGCUUAUUUUGAUCGACUUGAAAAUAGUUCUGGUGCGAUUUGUGUUCGUCUUUCUUCUGAUGCAUCAGCUGUUCAAGAAAUGACUGGUACACGAUUAGGAGCCAUUUGUGAAGUUCUCUCAUUAGCUAGAAAUAUCGCUGCAUCAAUCUCAGCUGCUGAAACUUUUUUUGAUUUAUUUGAUCGAAAACCAGCUAUUGACAAUACAUCUACUGAAGGACAAGUAUUGGUUGAUUUUCGUGGAGAGAUAAAAUUUGAUCAAGUUAAAUUUAUCUAUCCAAUUCGGCCAACAUCUAUUAUUCUUAACAAAUUUCAAUUGAAUAUCAAACCAAGUCAACGUGUAGGUCUUGUUGGUACAUCCGGUUGUGGAAAAUCAACAAUUAUUCAACUAUUGGAACGAUUCUAUGAUGUUACAAGUGGUCGAUUAUUUCUUGAUGGUGUUGAUAUUCGACAACUAAAUCUGCAAUGGGUUCGUUCUCAUAUUGGUCUUGUUAGUCAAGAACCAAUUUUGUUUGAUUUAACAAUUGCUGAAAAUAUAGCAUAUGGCUUAGAAAAUGUUCCAAUGGAAGAUAUUAUCAAUGCAGCAACUAGAGCUAAUAUUCAUCAAUUUAUUGAGCAAUUACCUCAGGGUUAUGAGACAAGAGUAGGGUUGAAAGGUAGUUUUCUGUCAGGUGGUGAAAAGCAACGUAUUGCUAUUGCUCGAGUUCUUAUUCGUCGACCUAAAAUAUUGCUUCUAGAUGAAGCUACCAGUGCCAUGGAUUCAUACAAUGAACAACUUGUACAAGAAGCUCUUGAACAAGCUCAAAGAGAAGAUUCUAGUCGAACAUCACUCAUUAUUGCUCAUCGUCUUUCAACAAUUCGUUCAUGUGAUUUGAUUUGUGUACUUGAUAUGGGACAUAUAGUAGAAAGUGGUACUCAUACAGAAUUGACAAAACGACGUAGAGCUUAUUAUAAAAUGCUUGUUCAAAACAAUUUACAAUAA